AGCUGCUGGGGACAGAGGAAAAGGAAGGGGUGGAGCUGCUUUGCGGCUGUCAGCUGAGCUGUCAGCCGAUUGCAGCCAGGCUGAUCGGGUGUCUCUAGCGCCGUCCUGGGCCUUGAGGCCAUCCAGGGUCUAGACCCGCGGGGCCAGGACAGGAGGACCAGCUCAGUCUAGCAAGCCGGGCAAUGCGCCUCUACGGAGUAACUGCAGGCCGGAGCCACCCCAGGUCAGGCCGGGAGCAGGAAUCAAACAGGUCCUGGGGGGGCCCCAGCCUGGGGCUUCUGUGGAUGGCGCUGGCGCUGGCCCUGCCAGACUCCCUGGUUCUCUGGACACCCGCUGGGGCCCACCCUCUUCCUGCCCAAGGACAUCCCGCCAGGUUCAGUCGCACAGUGCCCCAGCUCCGGAGUGCCUUUGGGUGGUGGAACCUCACUUGCCCAGCCUGCAAAAGCCUGUUCACCGCCAUCGACUUUGGACUGCAGCAGGAGAACAAUGUGGCCCGGGUGGGCUCUCUGGCCAUCAAGCUGUGCAAGCUGCUGAAGAUAGCACCGCCCACUGUGUGCCAGUCAGCUGUCCAGCUCUUCCAGGACGACAUGGUCGAGGUGUGGAGACGCUCAGUACUGAGCCCAUCUGAGGCCUGUGGACUGCUCCUGGGCUCCACCUGUGGGCACUGGGACAUUUUUUCAUCUUGGAACAUUUCUUUGCCAGCUGUGCCGAAGCCGCCUCCCCAGCCGCCCAACCCGCCAACCCCAGGCGCCCCUGUCAGCCGCAUCCUCUUCCUCACUGACCUGCACUGGGAUAGGGACUACCUGGAGGGCACAGACCCUAACUGUGAGGACCCACUGUGUUGCCGCCGGGGUUCUGGCCUGCCACCCCCCUCCCGCCCAGGUGCUGGAUACUGGGGCGAGUACAGCAAGUGUGACCUGCCCCUGCGGACCCUAGAGAGCCUGCUGAGCGGGCUGGGCCCCGCUGGACCGUUUGAUAUGGUGUACUGGACGGGAGACAUCCCUGCCCACAAUGUUUGGCACCAGUCUCGUCAGGACCAGCUGCAGGCCCUGACCACUGUCACAGCUCUCGUGAAGAAGUACUUGGGUCCUGUGCCUGUGUACCCUGCUGUGGGCAAUCAUGAGAGCACACCUGUCAAUGGCUUCCCUCCCCCCUUCAUAGAGGGCAACCACUCUUCCCGUUGGCUCUAUGAGGCGAUGGCCAAGGCAUGGGAGCCCUGGCUGCCCGCUGAAGCCCUCCACACCCUCAGAACUGGGGGGUUCUAUGCCCUUUCCCCACGCCCCGGCCUCCGUCUCAUCUCUCUCAAUAUGAAUUUUUGUUCCCGUGAGAACUUCUGGCUCUUGAUCAACUCCACAGAUCCCGCUGGACAGCUCCAGUGGCUGGUGGGGGAGCUCCAGGCUGCUGAGGAUCGAGGUGACAAGGUGCAUAUAAUUGGCCACAUUCCCCCAGGACACUGCCUGAAGAGCUGGAGCUGGAAUUAUUACCGAAUUGUAGCCAGGUAUGAGAACACCUUGGCUGGUCAGUUCUUUGGCCAUACCCACGUGGAUGAGUUUGAAGUCUUCUAUGACGAGGAGACCCUGAGCCGGCCGGUAUCUGUAGCCUUCCUGGCGCCCAGUGCCACCACAUACAUCAGCCUUAAUCCUGGUUACCGGGUCUACCAAAUAGAUGGCAACUACUCCGGGAGCUCUCAUGUAGUCCUGGACCACGAGACCUACAUCCUGAACUUGACGCAAGCGAAUGCACCGGGUGCCACUCCGCACUGGCAUCUCCUCUAUAGGGCUCGAGAAACCUACGGGCUACCCAACGCGCUGCCUGCUGCCUGGCACGACCUGGUAUACCGCAUGCGUGGCGACACGCGGCUAUUCCAGACCUUCUGGUUUCUCUACCAUAAGGGCCACCCGCCCUCCGAGCCCUGUGGCACGCCCUGCCGCCUCGCUACUCUAUGCGCACAGCUCUCUGCCCGCUCCGACAGCCCUGCUUUGUGUCGCCACCUGGCGCGGGACACAAGCCUCUCUGAUAUCCAGAGCCUGCAGCCACGGCCACCAUUCUGCUAGCUCCGAGUCGGGAAAGAGCGUUUUAGCAAAGGAGCAAAAACUCCAGGUCACUGUGGUGAGAAGGAGGUGGGUGGAAGAGCCUAUCCUGGGCCCCACGCACACAAGGGAAAUGGCACCUUCUCCUUUCCUGGUGCUGGUUGGGCAAGACAUGGAAGGGAGUUGGCAGCUCUGCUGGGUCUGAACCCAGCAUCUAGGCUACCCUGGGGCGGCUGUCUUCUCACGGACAUGGAGCAGAGGUCUCAGUUGGUAUUGCCCCGGAUAGACCAGACAUGAGCUGUCAUCCCAGGCCUGUGCUGGCCAGCCAGGAACACUGUACUGCGGCUGCCGCCUGACUGCCAGCCUGUUAAAAUAAAGAUUUGAACUCCA